ACAACAUCUCAUCUCACCUCAUCUCACCUCACCUCGUCUGGCCUCGCCUCGCCUCGCCUCACAUCGCCUCACCCCACCCAAAGGCCGCCCUCGAAAAGCCCUCCGAUCACCUCCUCUCAAAAAGGCCACCGACGCUGCGGACGCUCCCCCCUUCCGUUCCCUCAAACCUCUUCCACCGGUAGAUUCCAGCAGUCCGCCAUGGACCACGCGCGCAUGGACCACUCGCACAUGAACCACGCCGGGAUGGACCACGGCGGCGGCGGCAUGGACGACAUGUGCAGCAUGAGCAUGCUCUUCACCUGGGACACGACCAACCUCUGCAUCGUCUUCCGCCAGUGGCACAUCCGCUCCACCGCCUCCCUCGUCGUCUCCCUCCUCGCCGUCGUCGUCCUCGCCAUGGGCUACGAGGCCCUACGCUCCGUCUCCCGCGCCUACGAAGCGAGCCUCGCCAAGCGCAUCUCCGCCCUGCCCAGGCAACUCCAGGACGAGACGGGCCGCCAGGGUCACAUUAUCAAGGCCGUGCUCUACGCCUUGCAGAACUUUUAUGCCUUUAUGCUCAUGCUUGUCUUCAUGACGUACAACGGCUGGGUCAUGAUCGCCGUGUCCCUCGGUGCCUUCUUCGGGUACCUCGUGUUUGGGCAGACAACUUCGGCUACAAAGGACAAUGCGUGUCACUAGGAAGAGUCUGCGUUCAGCGAUUGGCCGUCACCUGUUGGUCACAUGCAUUGCUUUAUAUCGUAUUUCGUUUCCAUGUCCGUAGGUUUUAUAAUUGCAAUACAGCGCCAGCGUGUCAAA